AUGCUGGGCUCUGCCUCAGUGACGGCUUGGCACAUGCGGGUCACUUUAGCAGUGGCCCUGCAAGUGUUCGUGGGGGCACUUGAUCCUCUUGAUGCAGAGCCCCCGCCUGUUGAGACGCCCCAGCGUGAGUCAAGCAAGGAGUCGGGCGACAUCGUUGCACUUCGUCUUUUCAGUCCUGUGCGGUCUACCACACAGGAAGCUAUCAAAGCCGAGGUUAUUGCCGCCGAGGCAGCAUUGGAGAUGCGGGCUGAAGUUGAUGGUCUGCCGGUAGUCUAUGAUUCCCCGGCCGUGUCAAUCUCUCUCCGAAGAGUUAGCCCAGAUGCUCUAAUGCAAAACGGGGCAGAAGUUGAAGCUCCCGAUGGUGCCUCUGUUAAGAUACCGGCAGAUCCACGAAUCAAGGGCCGACACGGUGGCCCGGUCACAGUGACGGUGACCAGCUACCAUGCUGGCGACGCUGUCAAGGAGAUGCCGAAGGUAAAGUAUGGAGCACAGCAGCAGAUGCGAGCUGAUCCAGAUCUCAACACUGAACACAAUUCAAGCCUUGAAGAACAGGCGAAUGCGUCAAACCAGACCCAAAAUGGGACCAAAAAUGAUCGUGUCGAUUUCUUUAUGACGAAAACCAGCGUUAGCUGGCGAGGCACUGUCGAUGUGAAGGUGCCUGGGUUGUCAGCUCAGGUUCCUGCACACGAUCGCCCUUGGACUCCGUAUGGCGAGAGCGUGCUCUACCCUGAAGAGAAAGCAGGAGUUCGGGAAGAAUUGGAACGCCUGGCAGCGUUGCAAGACAAUGAUGAAAGGCUGCGCGGAUGCCGUAAGCUGGCAAGACAGUGGCAUCCAGACAAGCAUCCACCUGAAGACCGUGAGAAGGCCACCGAAAUCUUUGAGUACAUGCAGGAACUGCGUUUGGCCUUGGGCUUGUCGGCGAGGGGCCAUGGAGAAGUCUCGCCAUGGUUGCACUCUGCUGCGCUGGCCUACCAGUGCGAAGUCCGCGAGCAUGGAGUUUCUGCAACUCCUGUCUCAGUCCUGCUGUACAAUACAGAACGGUCUGUGUCGACGGAGCAUGAGGCACCAACAUCCUUAAGUGACAAGAUCUUGACUAUAACAGGAACCAGGGAGCAGAAAGAGCAAGCGUUGACUAGUAUUGUUGCCGACCUAUUGGAAUUUCAAGGAGUUCCCGAAGAUUCACCUGAUAUUUGCGUGCUUGUGAUGCCGUCGUGUGCAAUCGGUGCGGUGAUUGGCACUAAAGGGGCCAAAAUCAGUGAAAUCAUGGCAGAGUCUGGCACUGUCGGUUGCCUUAGUUGUGACAUUGACGUCGGCAGAGAAUGCAUCACGGGGAUGCCUGACAAUCCAGUUGUGUUAAAAGGGCAGCGCUCACAGAUUGUCAGAGCAGCAGUGCUCGCCAACGAUGUGUUGCAGGACUUGGCCGACAAGGGCCGUGUAAAUGCCGAUGACUUUCGGUACGUCCCGGGCCGAACACCGGCGCCGAGGCUUGGCAGUCGCGGAACAUUCUCUUCCUGCGCAGCCGCGCGGUUCCUUUUCGACAAAGAGUUCGCAGGGUUCAUAAUCGGAAAGGGUGGUGAAAAGAUCACGAGAAUCCGAGAUCAGACUGGGGCGACACUACAGUUUCGAGGUUCUGCUGAGGAGGUGGCACUCUUCCUGGGUCCGGAUGACCGCAUUCUAGACAUUCGUGGAGCUGCGACACAGCGCAACCAGGCAGUCGAAUUCUGUUUCAAGGAAAUGGAGUCCGCCCCGCAGCCCAUCCAGGAGACGCGUGUCUUCAUCCCUCUAGCUGUGCCAGAGGCGCCACUGGAAGAAACAGUGGCGAGAACUGGGGCAUCGUGCAGCCUGUCGCAGGACGUGCACAUCACCAGCCCAGAGAGUGCAGAACGCAUAGUCCGACUGGAGGGUGCACCGUCAGAGCGGCUCGCCGCAACUCUGGGCCUGCUUGCGAAGGCAGAUGAGUACGCAACUGCAAGUGUGCCAUCAGCACGUCCCCCUGUGGCAGCUGUGGCACCCCGUACGGACCGUCCCAAUGGCAUUGCUGCACCUUCAGUGCCAUCAGCAUUAGUGGCACAAAGCAAGGAGGAAGAUAGCAGUGAGCAGCGGAUAGAGCCAGAAACGGGCAAAGCAUAUACCUUCGCAGAAUUUCGGGUAGCUUUUGCCGGCACGUAUUCCGAACAAGACAUCUGCGACUAUUGGCGAGAUGCCUGCACGCCAGUUCAGAAGCGAGAGCGAGGCGAAGGUUCUGCGGGCCCUGGGCACGUGGAUCACGCGGACCACGUGGAUCCGGAGCCGGUGCAAGUGCAGGCAAAGCUCUCCAACCAACACCAGCCCGAUGGGCCGGGUUCGGAGCAUGCCAACCUAGCAGAUUGCAAGGAGGUCAAGGAGGCCGACCUGAGGACCAGCCCUCCGGAGCAGAAAGCCUCAACGGACCCAGCACCGUCGAGGGAUGUUCCGAGCAGCGCCGCGGUCUCCCUUCCCCAAUGGCGCGAGCACCUGGUGGAAGCUCCGCGGUCACAGCUGCAUGUCGUCUUGCCAACUGCCCUAGUGAAGGGCCCAUUGGUCCAGCAGGGGUUCUUGGCUGAGAUAGCCGUGGGUUGCCAUGUUCAGAUCGACGUUUGUGGCGAGAUCGCUUCGGGGCAGCUACACGUGAUCCUGUCAGGCACUGGCGCAGCCAACGCCAUGGCCGUGGUCGCACUCCAGUGUGCAGGUGAUCCGACGGUCCCGUCUCCAGAUGUUAGGCCCGAAGUGCUGCUGACCAGAGCAGCAGUGAUGGGCUCUGAGACUGGGGCCGUUGCAGCCCACAAGCUUGAUGAUGUCAUGAAGAGACGAAGGGAGGUCUGCGCAGAGUUCGAGUCCAACCCUGCUGCCACAACAGCCGAUGCAACGUGUGCCAUCAAGAACGGAUACAGCUGGAAUCCCAACACUUCCGACAUGACCCAGAAGAGGCAGCCAACAUCCGACAUGCAGCUGCAAUCGCUGCUUUCCGAAAGGCGUGGGAGAUGCCAUGUUCUAGAAAGCAGCCCAGCCCCGGUAAUUGCAGACGCGCUGUGGAAUCGGACGCCAGCGCCUCUACAGGCAUACCAACAUCAUUGCAGGACAACUGCCACGGAGCAUGCAACAGGGCUGCGAUCGGAAGAACAUCCGCAGGGCCUUGAUGCGACGCCAUCCAUGCCUUCUCGAAAUUAUGGCAUGGAAAAGCCUUUAGAAAUCAAGUGGUCCAGCUGGUUAGAUGCACUACAGGUGGCUGGAUCUUCACACAAUCCUGAUCAAUCUGAGAAGGCAUCAGCUGCGACGGCGCGCUUGCUGCAGCUCAUUGCCUGGCACGAUGACACCCUCACCACCAGCCUACGCAGGAUGCUUGCUGAAGCCUUCGUGCGCAAGCAUCUUUCCUUCCUCAGUUUCGAACAAGACCAUUUGGAUGCAGUCAUUGUCGUCCUUCUGCGCUACCACAGCCCAGCAAUGCUGCCCAGACUUGUAGGCCCAGUUCCUUCGACAGAGACGGAAGGGGGUGAGAGUACCGCUGGCUUGCUUGAUCAAGCGGCUGCUAGCCCGGUGCUCGAUUUACUUCUGGGCAGGCCGUGCAUGUCGGGAUUAGAAUGCGAAGACGCUUCUGCUGCACUGGCGCUGCUGCAGAUCUGCGAUGAGACGGUGCGAAGUGGAAGCGAGAUAAUUCUUGUGUUCGUCAUCGUCGCUGUGUUGGCUAGUCCUGACUUGUCCUUAUCGGACAGCAAGUCUGCGCUUCUGCUGUGGAGUUCCGCAGAAAGCUUGUUGGCUUCGACUCCUCGCUCGAUGCUUGGAAGCCUGGCGGCUGGGGCGCGUGACCAGGCCCUGCGUCUGCCCGUUGGUUCUGUUGCGGCCGAUGAGGUUCUCCAUCAUGUCUAUGAGCGUCCAGACAGCCAGUGGCGACUUGUUGUUGUAGACAUCCGAGACUCAAGUUUGGCCAGUCUCCCGGUCUGUUUGCGAUUGCCGGCAGCCUCGAAUUUUGAAGAGUUUGCAGCGAGCCUCCCAGCCGAGCACGCCCUUCACUUCUGCAUCAUUGCAGAUGAUCCGUUAGAGGCCUUGAAGCUGUGCCUCCACAUUUCAGGACCCAGUGGGGCCUGUCGACCCCACAUAUCCCUGGCUGAAGGUGGCUGGCGGGCGGUCGAAGAGCUAGCGCUAGCCCUAGGCCUCGAGCUUUUGCCAGGAGUCAGGGAAUGCACUGAGAUGGACGAGGCCGACAAUGCGCACGGAAUUGCUGGUACAGUAGUUGAAGUUGCCGAACAUGUGGCAUCGCUGACAUCUGUGGCAGCAUCAGUAGCUUUUAGAGGUGCUUUCUGGGCCACAGGCGUCCAUGCAACAAAGCAUGGAGCGGAGAUUUAUACCGAUGAAUUAAUGGAAGUGUGA